AUGCCACGCGCCCGAAGACUUUCUGAGUACUUGAGCGUAAUCAUGUUUGACCAUGAAAACCAUGUUAACUUACACCCUGGAAAGACUGAAGGAAGCUCUGCUCUGUGCUCAGAUCACCUCACUGUUGGUGUCAAUGAUAAUGCUAAAAUUAUGACUAAUAUCCAGCACUGCAGCUGCCAACAGAAGCUGGCAAUUUUGUCCACAGAGACCCAGACAUCCGUCUGCUUUGACAACAACAUCAGCAUUGUGGGGGUGAGUGCCAUGCUGCACCUCACUGACAUUGUUGGAGACAAGCUUGAAGUCCUCAUAAUGCUAAAGGACCCUUCUCUGGAGAAACUCCACCUGUUCUGUGAUGAGAGCCGCCGCUUGAACAAUUGGGUUCCUGAGAUCAGCCUCCCCAGGUCUUAA